CUGGCGCUGACGGCAGAAUCAAGUCGGAUUUAGUGGAUUUUGUGGAUUAUCUUUCUCCGCAGCGCCGCUAGCGUCCACACCUGGCCUCCGUCGGAACACGUAUCUGUUUAUUAAAAUGAUUUGAACCGAAUUGGUCAGAAAUAAACAUUUUAUUCUGUCCAAAAGACCAAAUCCUUCGCGGGAAGAGCUCCUGAAGCGGACGCGUUGCCUUGGUAACGGUUGUGGAGAUGUCAGAGUCUGGUCCGAGUCCGUGGCUGGAGGCCCACUCUGACCCCGUGGCCGGUCUGAACACUCUGUCCUCCUGCAUGGACCUGUCGGACCUCAGUGGGGACGGGGAGAACUGUCUGGUCGUGGCUGAUCUGGGCUCGUCCUCCAGCGGGUCCCUGGGCUCCGGGAUGAAGCUCAAGGUGUUCCGUGGGACCUCUCUGGUGAGUGAGUCCUCCCUGCUGGACCUCCCGUCGGGUCUGGUGGCCUUCUUCAUGGACCUAAACGAGCCUCGGGUUCCUGCUCUGGCUGUGGCCUCUGGACCCUGUGUUUACAUCUACAAGAACCUCAGACCGUACUUCAAGUUCACCCUCCCAGGACUCGAGGUGGACCCAUUGGAACAGGAGGUGUGGCAGCAGGUGCGCUCCGGGCAGAUCGACCCUCUGGCUCUGAAGGACCUUCUGGAGGGCAUCAGGAGUAAAUCGGAGCUGCCUCUGUCCCAGCGUUCCCUCCGGUUCCUCUCCCUAGAACCAGAGAACAUGGACGAGUUUGUGACGCUGCACCAGGGACAGCCAAUCAGGAGACAGACAGUGAUCACGUGCAUGGGGACUCUGAAGAAGAGCACUGCAGACGAGGACGGUGUGAGCUGUUUAGUGAUCGGGACAGAGUCCAGUGAAGUUUAUGUGCUCGACCCUGAGGCUUUUAUUAUCCUCACCAAGAUGUGUGUUCCAGCGCCCCCUGUGGUGAUGGAGGUGAGUGGACAGUUUGAUGUGGAGUUCAGGAUCACUGUGGCGUGUCGAGACGGAGCCGUGUACGUGCUGCGCAGGGACUAUGAUAAACCGAAGUACUGCAUGGAGCUUUCAUCUCACUGUGUGUCUCUGGUCCGUGUGGGAAAAACUGUGGUGGUCGGCUGCAGCGACCAAACGCUCCAGGGCUUCAGCCAGAAGGGUAAGCGUCUGUGGUCGGUGGCGCUCCCCGCCCCCAUCACGGCCAUGGCGCCGAUGCGUGUGGCGUCGCGGGGGUUCGGGGGGGUGCUGGUGGCGUUGGCGUCGUGUGAGCUCAGACUUUAUCAGGACCAGUGGCUCCUGAACAGCCAGCGGACCCCGGAGCCCGUCACCGCGCUCACCUUCGGACGCUACGGCCGCGAGGACGGCGCUGUCGUCAUGGCCACGAGGGGAGGGGCCAUGCUUGUGCAUAUCCUGCGGCGUACGGCGUCCCUGCGGAGGCCGGAGGGCGGCGGGCCCCCGGGGGCCCAGAGCGUGCGCUUAAAUGUGCCGAAGAAGAGCCAGCUGUUUGUGGAUCAGACUCUGAGAGAGCGCGAGCAGGGGCCCCUCAUGCACCGUGCCUUCCUCGCGGAUCUGAUCCGGACGCGCCUCAGGGCCGCACGCGCCUUCAGCCGGGCCCUGGAGGCCUCCGCGGGCCCCUCGUCCGAACAGGGGCCCCUGAAGCUGCACGCCACCGUGCAGGGCCUGGGGCCGCACUUUAAACUCACCCUGUACGUGGUGAACGCGGCGGCGCUGCGGCCCGUCGCCGGCCUGUCCGUGUGCGUCCUGUACGACCCCGCCCUCUACGCCGUGGCCCCGCCCCUGCUGCGUCUGCCCCUGCUGGCCCCCGGCCUCACCUACGCCCUGCAGACAGGGGUCACCUGCACGGGCCCCGCCCUCUGUGAUGUCAUCAAGGUGUGUGUGCUCCAGGAGGGGAGGGGCGCCCCCCUGCUCACUGCCCACAUCAACAUGCCCCUGCCAGAGGCCCUUUAGAACCCCCUGCCAGAGACCCUGUCAAAACACGCCCCUGCCAGAGGCCCUGUCAAACACACGCCCCUGCCAGAGGCCCUGUCAAACACACGCCCCUGCCAGAGGCCCUGUCAAACACACGCCCCUGCCAGAGGCCCUGUCAGACACACGCCCCUGCCAGAGGCCCUGUCAGACACACGC